GCACUUAUUUGCUCUUUCUGUCAGUACUCCUGAAUUAGAGGGUGCCACACUUCCAGGUGAGGGUGGUGGACCAAGGUUAAAAGCGACAAAGAAACAGUAAAAAGCAAAGAGAAGCAAAAGAGCGCGGAUAGGCCUGGUUAGUCUAUCCAGAAGGGAUGGAGAACGCACACGCCAAGACCCCGGCAGAAUGCCUGGCUCACUUUGGGGUCAACGAGAACACCGGCCUCACUCCUGACCAGUUCAAGAAGAACCUGGAGAAGUACGGCUACAAUGAGCUGCCCGCUGAGGAAGGCAAGAGCAUCUGGGAGCUGAUCAUUGAGCAGUUCGAGGACCUGCUUGUCAGGAUCUUGCUGCUGGCUGCCUGCAUCUCUUUUGUGCUGGCCUGGUUUGAGGAGGGUGAGGAGACCGUCACUGCCUUUGUGGAGCCCUUUGUCAUCCUUCUCAUUCUCAUUGCAAAUGCAAUCGUUGGAGUGUGGCAGGAGCGUAAUGCUGAAAGUGCCAUCGAGGCUCUCAAGGAGUACGAGCCUGAGAUGGGCAAGGUUUAUCGUUCUGACAGAAAGAGCGUGCAGAUGAUCAAGGCCAGAGAAAUUGUCCCUGGAGACAUCGUUGAGGUGUCAGUUGGUGACAAAGUCCCCGCUGACAUCAGGAUUACUUCCAUCAAGUCCACCACCCUGCGUGUUGAUCAGUCCAUCCUCACUGGUGAAUCUGUCAGUGUGAUCAAGCACACUGAAGUUGUUCCCGACAUGAGAGCUGUCAACCAGGACAAGAAAAACAUGCUUUUCUCUGGUACCAACAUCGCAGCUGGCAAGGCCAUUGGUGUGGCUAUUGCCACCGGAGUCGGCACUGAGAUUGGGAAGAUUCGUGACCAGAUGGCUGCCACUGAGCAGGAGAAAACUCCUCUGCAGGCCAAGCUAGACGAGUUUGGCGAGCAGCUGUCCAAGGUUAUCUCCCUGAUCUGUGUUGCCGUCUGGGCUAUCAACAUUGGCCACUUUAAUGACCCUGUCCACGGAGGAUCUUGGAUCCGCGGUGCCGUCUACUACUUCAAGAUCGCUGUUGCUCUGGCUGUGGCUGCCAUCCCUGAGGGUCUGCCUGCUGUCAUCACCACCUGCCUGGCUCUUGGAACCCGCCGUAUGGCCAAAAAGAACGCCAUUGUCAGAAGCCUGCCUUCUGUGGAGACUCUGGGCUGCACCUCCGUCAUCUGCUCUGAUAAGACUGGCACCCUCACAACCAACCAGAUGUGUGUGACCAAGAUGUUUGUGAUCAAGAACGCCGAUGGGGACCAUGUUGAUCUUGAUGCCUUUGAUAUCUCUGGCUCCAAAUACACCCCAGAAGGCGAGGUGACACAAGGAGGUGCCAGGACAAACUGUAGCCAGUAUGAUGGCCUGGUUGAGCUGGCCACCAUCUGCGCCCUCUGCAACGACUCCUCCCUGGACUACAAUGAGUCCAAGAAGAUAUAUGAGAAAGUCGGUGAGGCAACUGAGACUGCCCUGUGCUGCUUGGUUGAGAAGAUGAACGUGUUUAACACCAAUGUAAAGAACCUUUCCAGGGUCGAGAGGGCCAACGCCUGCUGCUCUGUGAUCAAACAGCUCAUGAAGAAGAACUUCACUCUGGAGUUUUCCCGUGACAGAAAGUCCAUGUCUGUGUACUGCACCCCAGCUAAAGGUGACGGUGGUGCCAAAAUGUUUGUCAAGGGUGCCCCUGAAGGUGUGAUUGACAGGUGCGCAUAUGUGCGUGUUGGCACCACCCGUGUGCCCCUUACCAAUGCCAUCAAGGACAAGAUCAUGGCUGUUAUCAAGGAAUGGGGAACCGGCCGCGACACCCUCCGUUGCCUGGCCCUGGCUACACGUGACACGCCCCUGAAGGUGGAAGAGAUGGUCCUUGAGGAUUCCACCAAGUUUGUUGAUUAUGAGACUGACUUGACUUUUGUUGGCUGCGUGGGAAUGCUGGAUCCUCCUCGCAAGGAGGUGACUUCCUCCAUUGAGUUGUGCAGAAAUGCCGGAAUCCGUGUCAUUAUGAUCACUGGCGAUAACAAGGGAACAGCUAUUGCCAUCUGCCGUCGUAUUGGCAUCUUCUCUGAAGAUGAGGAUGUUUCUGGCAAGGCCUACACUGGACGUGAGUUUGACGAUCUGCCCCUCCAUGAGCAGGCUGAGGCCGUCCGCAGAGCAUGCUGCUUCGCCCGUGUUGAGCCAGCCCACAAGUCCAAGAUUGUCGAGUUCCUGCAGGGUUUUGAUGACAUUACAGCUAUGACUGGUGAUGGUGUGAACGAUGCCCCCGCCCUGAAGAAGGCCGAGAUCGGCAUCGCUAUGGGCUCUGGCACUGCCGUUGCCAAGUCUGCCUCUGAGAUGGUCCUGGCUGACGACAACUUCUCUUCCAUUGUGGCUGCUGUUGAGGAGGGCAGAGCUAUCUACAACAACAUGAAACAAUUCAUCCGCUACCUCAUCUCCUCCAACGUCGGUGAGGUCGUCUGUAUCUUCCUGACUGCUGCUCUUGGCCUGCCCGAGGCUCUGAUCCCUGUCCAGCUGCUCUGGGUCAACUUGGUGACUGAUGGUCUGCCUGCCACCGCCCUUGGCUUCAACCCUCCUGACUUGGACAUCAUGGGCAAACCCCCACGUUCCCCCAAGGAGCCCUUGAUCUCUGGCUGGCUUUUCUUCAGAUACAUGGCCAUUGGAGGUUAUGUCGGUGCUGCCACUGUCGGUGGUGCUGCCUGGUGGUUCCUCUACGAUCCAACUGGCCCUGAAAUCACUUACUACCAGCUGUCCCACUUCAUGCAGUGCCACGCUGACAAUGAGGACUUUGCCGGCAUUGACUGCGAGAUCUUUGAAGAGUGUCCUCCCAUGACCAUGGCCUUGUCUGUGUUGGUCACCAUCGAGAUGUGCAAUGCCCUUAACAGCUUGUCUGAGAACCAGUCUCUGGUGCGUAUGCCCCCAUGGAGCAACUUCUGGCUGCUCGCUGCCAUGACCCUGUCCAUGAGCCUGCACUUCAUGAUCAUCUAUGUUGAUCCUCUGCCUAUGAUCUUCAAGUUGAAACAUUUGAGUGUAGAUCAGUGGAUGGUGGUCUUGAAGCUUUCAUUCCCCGUCAUUCUUAUUGAUGAGGUGUUGAAGUUCGUCGCCCGCAACUACGUCGAGAAAUAAAUCAAUCAACCACCUCCAUUAGCCUUUAACUAAAGAAGGCUCAGACGUAAAACAUUAGAGACGUAGGAGAAGAUGAUCCUUAGGGUUGGAAAGAACGAGGCGGUGAAGAAAGAACAACCAAAGAGGGGAGCCAUAGUGAGCCAACCAAUAGAAAAGAGAGGAGAAAACACCACUAAAAUUAUUUAUAUAAAAAAAUUGCCAAAUAUCUGAAGAAAAACAGUGUCCAUGUAAAGGAGAUUAAUUAAAAGAAGAGAAACUUCCUAACUACAAAAAAAAAUUAAAACGUUAAUAAAAAUUCUAUUCUCAGAGAUCAAGUAUGUAUUAAAAGUGUUUCUUUUUCUUUUUUGUUAACCUUGAAUAUUCUCAGCUGUUGUGUUCAUGUGUCCUCUGUCCAUUUUCAUAAGAUUGACUUUCCAGCUGGUUACUCUAGUCUUUGUUGCUUGUGUCUCGUGCAGCCGUCCUGCUUUAGCCGGGCUCUGUAAAGUGUGGUGCAGGUUUUCAUAGGGGCAAAAACAAAAAAACAUGCCUCCAGCUGCCUACAGUCUCUAUAGGCACCUAUGCAGUCAGCGGACUCUGCUGGAGGUCACAUGACAUAAAAUGGGCAUGUCCACAACACUUCUGGUCUUAUUUAUUUGUUUACGUGAUAAGCUCUAAUAAAGUGAUGAUUUAAAACUCA